CUUUGACGACCCCCCUCCGAGGUCUUAGAACACGGGCCACCCCCAACAUGGGACCCCCUCCGGGACAACCAAGAGCUUGCCAGGCAGCGGAAGAGCUGGGACUGCUUGAGCCUAGUAACCUGGAUUCUUCCCACCCUUCUCCCCCUCACCUCUCCCCCCGCCCGGGUACUCGAGUUCUGGGACCAGAAGACCCCAGUAAGUCCCCUGCUGCGAUCUGGUGGCAUCCGCGCUCCAGCAUCCUCACCCCAUCUCUGGAUCCGGGGGGAGACAGAGCCAAGUUCUCACCAAAGCGCAUCCUUUCUGAAUCUUGCUCGGAAGGGCAUGGUAGGGUGAGCGCUCCAAGGGAGAGCUGGCGCCGUUUUAUCACCCCCAGGCAACUAGCUGCGCAAAUCAGCGGUGGCUCAGUGGCCAGAGAAUCCCGAGGGGCUAAUCCGUAACCCUCCUCCCCUUCGCCAAACUCAGACUCGGGAAAGGCGCGCGGGGUCCGUGCGCGCGCUGGGUGGCCAGCUCUCUGCCAGAGGUCCUCCAAGUGCCAAGAGAAACGGAGAAAGGCCCGCUCCAGGUCUUUUGGUACUCCCCUUUCUGACCUCGACACUGAUUUCCCCCUCCUCACAGUCCCAGAGGGCCGAAGCUUUAGGAGGAUGCGGGCCAGGCUGCGCCCAGAGAGGCUUUGCCACUUGGGGAGCUCAGGACCUGCGGGGCGCAGGCAGGCCAGAGAGACCGCUUCGAGGCAGGCGGCGCCGGAGGGAGCGCCCAGCCCAGCAAAGAGUUAAAGGGAGGGGACGUGGGCUGUCACGCGUCAUUGGGCAGAUUAUGUGCAGCAAACAAAAAGUGUGUGUCUGCGUGCCAGUCAGUCACUGCAUCGGGUCCAUCUGUACAACUCUCUCCGCGCGCUCUCGCUGUCUCGCUCUCGCUCUCACCCCUCUUACUCUCUCCUCAUCUCUUUCACCCCAUCUCUCCAUCUCUCUCUCUCUCUCCCUCUCGCUCUCUCUCUCCCUCUCUCUCUCUCCUCUCUUUAGGCACAGCCUACGAGACAGCAAUACCAACACCUCUUGACAUGGAAAUGCACUGAUACAAUAGGCAAAAGAAGCACUCGAUUGCCUCUCCCGGUUCCAGGUGGCCUUAUUUGGGCGAUUCGUUCCUGACCUUAUUCCUGUGAUGGAGGAUUCAGGCAUCCAGCGGGGCAUCUGGGAUGGAGAUGCCAAGGCUGUCCAGCAAUGUCUAACAGAUAUUUUUACCAGCGUUUACACCACCUGCGACAUCCCUGAGAAUGCUAUAUUCGGUCCCUGCAUCCUGAGCCAUACUUCCCUGUAUGACAGCAUAGCUUUCAUUGCGCUCAAGUCCACAGACAAGAGAACAGUCCCUUAUAUCUUCCGGGUAGACACCUCAGCAGCAAAUGGUUCUUCGGAAGGUCUCAUGUGGCUGCGUCUCGUCCAAUCAGCCAGAGAUAAAGAGGAACAGAACCUUGAAGCCUAUAUAAAAAACGGACAGCUGUUUUACCGCUCUCUCCGCAGGAUUGCCAAAGACGAGGAGUUACUAGUUUGGUACGGGAAAGAACUGACUGAGUUACUCUUGCUCUGCCCCUCUAGAUCCCACAGCAAAAUGAAUGCAGGGUCGUCCCCUUACACAUGCCUGGAAUGCAGCCAACGUUUCCAGUUUGAGUUCCCCUAUGUGGCGCAUCUGCGCUUCCGCUGUCCCAAGAGACUUCACAGCGCUGAUGCCAGCCCCCAAGAAGAGCAAGGCGGCGGCGUGGGCACCAAGGAUCACGGGGGCGGGGGCGGUGGCAAAGACCAGCAGCCGCAGCAACAGGAAGCGCCCUUGGGCCCCGGCCCCAAGUUCGGCAAAGCCGGACCUAUCCACCACUACCCGGCCCCCUCCCCCGAGGGCAGUAACCAGCCCGCGGCAGGCGGCGGCGGCGGCGCCAAGCCCUCCACGGACUUUCACAACCUGGCCCGGGAGCUCGAAAACUCGGGGGGAGGCAACAGCUGCUCCCCCGUCCGGGGCCUCGGUGGCGGCGGCGGCGGCGGCCACCAGGAGGCGGAGCUGAGUCCCGACGGCAACGCCACAGGCGGCGGCAAGGGGAAGAGGAAAUUCCCGGAGGAGGCGGCGGAGGGGGGCGGCGGCGUGGGGCUGGCGGGGGGCCGGGGCCGCUUCGCCGAGCGGCCCCUGACCGCCUCCAAGGAGGACUUGGUGUGCACCCCGCAGCAGUACCGCGCCUCGGGCAGCUACUUCAGCCUGGAAGAGAACGGCCGCCUCUUCGCGCCGCCCAGCCCCGAGACGGGCGAGGCCAAGCGCAGCGCCUUCGUGGAGGUGAAGAAGGCGGCCCGAGCGGCCGGUCUGCAGGAGGACGCGGCCGCCGACGGCGGGGGCGCGGCCGCCGAAGACCAGGACGCGGGCGGCGGCGGCGGCGGCUCCUCCACGCCCGUGGCCGCUUCGCCGGCAGGCGCCGACAAGCUGCUGGCCCCGCGGCCUGGGGGCCCGCUGCCCGGCCGGCUGGAGGGCGGCAGCCCGGCGCGGGGCAGCGCCUUCACCUCGGUGCCGCAGCUGGGCGGCGCGGGCGGCAACGGGGCGGGCGGUGGCGCGGGCGCCGGGGCCUCCGGCGGAGCGGGCGGCGGCCAGGGCGCCGCGUCGGACGAGCGCAAGAGCGCCUUCUCGCAGCCGGCGCGCUCCUUCUCCCAGCUGUCCCCGCUGGUGCUGGGCCAGAAGCUGAGCGCGCUCGAGCCGUGCCACCCCGGCGACGGCGUGGGCCCCACCAGACUCUACCCCGCCGCCUCCGACCCUCUGGCCGUGAAGCUCCAGGGGGCCGCGGACCUGAACGGAGGUUGCGGGGCCCUGCCGAGCGGUGGCGGCGGCGGCCUGCCCAAACAGAACCCCUUCCUCUACGCCACCGCCUUCUGGCCCAAGAGCUCCGCUGCCGCCGCGGCGGCGGCCGCGGCGGCCGCGGGGCCCCUGCAGUUGCAGCUGCCCUCGGCGCUCACGCUGCUACCGCCUUCCUUCACCUCGCUGUGUCUGCCCGCGCAGAACUGGUGUGCCAAGUGCAAUGCCUCCUUCCGCAUGACCUCCGACCUGGUGUACCACAUGCGGUCGCAUCACAAAAAGGAGUACGCGAUGGAGCCCUUGGUGAAGCGGCGGCGGGAGGAGAAACUCAAGUGCCCCAUUUGCAAUGAGUCCUUCAGGGAGCGCCACCACCUCUCCAGGCACAUGACCUCGCAUAAUUGACACGGAAAGGACCCUAGCUUUCCACGCGCGCACAGUCACAGUCAAGCCACCUACAGGAAAAACACGCGAGGACAUCCACCACCUCCUUGUGACCUGAAACAUUGCACCCAAAGACAGACACACACACACAUACACGUGCCACCCCAACCUUCUCAUUGACCUGUUUACCCGAGACCUGCAUUAUACACGCAGACACACACACGCACGCACGCACACACACGCACGCACGCAUACAAGACAGGAUGGUGGAUUUUUGAUUGGGUGGGUUGUUCGAGGGGUUUUCUUUUGAAUGCACGCAUUUUCACUUUCCAAAAACAAAGGUACAUUUUUAAAAAUGUCAUAUAUUGCAACAUAUUGAUGCAUUUGUCAUACGUUUCUACUUAAAUUAUUAAGCACUUACGGUUUAGAUGUAAUAAUUAUAUGUAAGGGCAAAAUUUAUUUUAGAUAUAAAGUAAAGGAGGAGGGUGAGAUGCUUUCUGCAUUUCUUGAUGACAGUUUGUGUUCUUACAAAAAAAUAAAAUAAAUAAAAAGGGGUCACCAUUCAAUUUAAGUUUCCAGGGGGAAGUGCAUGUAUCAUGAAAUGAUUAUGGACUUCAAUGAAGAAUGUCAUCAUUAUGUAAAUAUGUAUUUCCUUUUAAUACAAAGUGUAAUUUUGUGCCAGUGAAAUGGAGUCUGAAUAGUUAUGUGUUUCUUUUAUCCCUGGAAAGAUUUAUUAAACUUUAUAGAUUAUCCAGGUAUGUUGGAUGCUUUGACAAUAAAUGACUAUUUUCUUCAAAGCAA